AUGAAAGAGAUAACUGAUAAGAUGAAUAAAAAAGCUAAGGAAGCGAAAAUGAACGUAAAGGAGUUGCAAGCCCGUAUGGAUCAAAUUUUGGGGGCUCCGCCAGUGGUGGAGGGCCCAGAUGCAAAGAGAUACAGCCAGCGGGGAUAUAAGCCUAAAGCCGCGGAGUUGAUCCCAAAGAGGUUCAAGAUGCCGAACAUCCCCAAGUAUGACGAGACGAUAGAUCCGCAGGAGCACAUAACAGCCUACACCAUGGCUGUCAAGGGAAAUGACCUAAAACUGAAUGAGAUCGAAUCGGUCUUGAUCAAGAAAUUAGGCGAGACAUUGGCUAAAGGGGCUUUAACUUGGUACUCUCUUUUGCCCGAACACUAUGUUGAUUCAUUUGCUAUGCUCACAGAUAUGUUUGUUAAAGCAUAUGCUGGAGCCCGAAAGGUGCGAAUGCGAAAGGAGGGCAUUUUUUGCAUAUCACAAGAGGGGACCGAGCUGCUCCGUGACUUCGUCACCCGAUUCCAGGAGGAGCGGAUGUUGUUACCAGCAGUUCCGAAUGAAUGGGUCGCUAAAGCUUUCACUGUGGGUCUCAACCCUCUGAGUUCGGAUGCUUCAUGGAAACUCAAGAAAAAUCUGCUAGAGUUCGAGGCCUCGACAUGGGAAGAUGUUCACAAUCGGUAUACGUCGAAGAUCCGCGUAGAAGAUGAACAAGUAAAUAUACCGACAUCUUCUAUUGGCCGCAGUCAAGGUCAACUGAACUUUCAUCGAAGGCAUUCCAGGCACCGAUUUGAACCUUACCCAUCAGGACCACGGACUGAUAGAAGGCAGGAGCGUUUCCGAAGCGAGUCACCGGAAAGUAACUCAGAGCAAGAACAUCUUGUUUUCCACAUUCUUUGGCAGCUGCCUUUGCUUCUGCUACCAUCAUGUCACCCCAAUUUGGCUUAUGCUGCAGGUGGCAAGUGGAAUAUACUUAUGUCGAACAUCGGCAUUUCAGCCAUGCACAUGCAACUCCUCAACAACGACCGAGUCAUCAUGUAUGACCGUACUGACUUUGGCGCAUCCAAUAUCUCAUUGCCUAAUGGCAAAUGUCGCAACAACCCUAAUGACCUCGCCUUGAAAGUCGAUUGCACUGCCCACUCUGUUGAAUACGACGUUUCCACCAAUUCUAUACGACCCCUCAUGGUCCAAACCGAUGUGUGCUGCUCCUCUGGCUCUGCCACGUCUGACGGGACUUUGGUCCAAACUGGUGGCUUCAACGACGGUAAACAUAUGAUGAGAGUAUUCAAACCGUGCAACACUUGUGAUUGGCAGGAAAUGGGAGCUGGCCUAAUUCAAAGUCGAUGGUAUUCCACGAACCAUCUUCUUCCUGAUAGAAGGCAAAUUAUCAUAGGCGGUCGUGACGUUUUUAACUACGAGUUUUAUCCCAAGACUGCUUCAACCAACAAUGUAUUUAGCCUACCCUUUCUUCAGCAGACUAAUGAUCCAAGACAAGAGAACAAUAUUUACCCGUUUGUUUUUGAUCUUAGUGUGGACGGAAAUCUGUUCAUUUUCGCCAAUGACCGAGCUAUCUUGUUUGAUUACAUGACAUACUUAAUAGUCAAGACGUACCCACAAAUACCUGGUGGCGACCCAAGAAAUUAUCCAAGUACUGGUUCAGCAGUUCUUCUUCCGUUAAAGAACUUGCGGGCACAAAUGCUUCAAGCUGAGGUUUUGGUGUGUGGUGGAGCACCAAGAGGCUCAUACCUCAGAGCAACAAGAGGUGAAUUUGUCGGUGAAUUAAACACGUGUGGGCGGAUUACAAUCACAGACCCGAAUCCACAGUGGACGAUGGAGACAAUGCCACUGGCUCGGACAAUGGGAGACAUGGUAAUUCUACCAAAUGGUAACGUGAUGAUUGUCAAUGGAGCAGCAGCGGGAACAGCCGGAUGGCAAAUUGCUAGGAACCCAGUCUUGAGUCCGGUGAUUUACCGACCCGAUAACCCAUCUGGUUCUAGAUUCGAGGUACAAAACCCGAAUGCAAUACCAAGAAUGUACCACUCGACAACGGUUUUACUUAGAGAUGGACGAGUUCUUGUUGGGGGUAGUAAUCCGAAUGAGCUUUACAAUUUUACAGGAGUACUUUUUCCAACAGAUUUAAGCUUGGAGGCAUUUUCUCCAUCCUACUUGGAUCUGAAAUCUGCUAAUUCCCAACCACAUAUCAUUUCUCCCGCUUCUCAUAGUAAAAUCAGGUACGGGCAACCUGUUAACAUUCAAUUUACUGUUUCCGGGUUACUAAACACAGAUUUGGUCAAAGUGACAAUGGUUGCACCUGGAUUUAACACACAUUCAAAUACGAUGAAUCAAAGAAUGCUAGUGCUUUCAAGUGGAAAGGUGAGAAGGAUUGGAAGGUUUACUUACCAAACCAAUUCAAUCUUCCCGAAUUCGGGUAAAUUAGCACCACCCGGUUACUAUAUGUUAUUUGUGAUUCAUCAGGACAUACCAAGUGAAGGAAUUUGGGUCAAAAUCCAAUAAUUUGGAUUUUUGAUUUUGAAAUAAGUUGUUGUAAUCAUGGUAGUAUUCUAUUUGAUUGUUCUGUAUUGCAGAAAUUGCAAUAAUAAAUCACUUGUUACCCU